GGUGGGUGUGGCCAGUGCGGUGUCAUGUCCGGGGAACAGAGUCCGUACGGCAGUGUUCCGUACAAAGCCCUCCUGUCAGGCAGGGAUGUAUGACGUGUGAAAAUGAAUCAGAGGUUGGAGGAGCUGGUGGAGUCCCUGACUACAUCGGGAGAACCAGAACUCAAAGCAGAACCACUGAAAGAGCUGAAGAAAAUCUGCAAGUCUUCUGAUGAACACAUCCGCCAUGUGUAUCACCUCCUUCUGACGCAGCUGAACCAGGAACAUGCAGAGAUCCGCCUGUCUGCUUUUCAGAUCGUCGGCGAGCUGUUCACCAGGUCUCAUCAGUUCCGCACCCUGCUGAUCGACAACUUCCAGGAGUUUCUGGAGCUCACUGUAGAGACAGACUAUGAUCAGCCACUACCGCCGCCCAAGGAAGUGGCUCAGAAAAUGAAGACUUUGGCUAUUAAGGCUGUGCAGGAAUGGCAUGAGAAAUUCGGGGAGGCGUACAAGAAACUUUCUUUAGGGUUCCACUUCCUGAAGCAAAGAAAAAUGGUGGAUUUCCAGGAUGUCCGCUCACGAACAUUGGCGCAGAGAAAAAGAGAAGAGGAAAAACAAAAGCGCUUAGAAAAUAUUUAUCGAGAAAAAGCCAAAAAAGCCAAGACUGAAAUGGAAGAAAUGCUCGCUGAGAUCCAGUCCUGUCUGACAGAGAUGGAGAACUGCUUCAAACUCUUAUUACCUGAUCCGGAUGAAUUUAAUCUUCUCCAUGAGGACACAGAACAUAGUCGCUCUACGGCAGGGAGCAGUGGCUCCUCUCAGCCCAAGCCAAACCAUGUAUCGCCUUCGCGGUCAUGUGACGUGGAUGAUGAACAGCCAUGUUGUAGCAAGGACCUGCCUGCAGUCGUGUUAUCUGGUCCCAGCCAUGAAAAUGCAGAGGAGGAAACUUCAGAGGAGUCAGAUGACGACUUUGAGGCUGUUGAAGAGUCUUUUAUCAGAGACCAUGGUUUGGGCUCUCACAAGUAUUCUCUCGACAUUGAAAUAUCCAGAGAUCUUAAAGUGAAUAAAAAUGAGGACAAUACAGAUGUCGUAAACAGCUUGAUGGAUGCUCAUAAACUGGCCAAGAAUAAAUUCUGGCCCUCUGUACAAUCCUGGAUACAGGUAUUUACAAAGGCUGGAGUAACAGAUGACAGUCUUCGAUGUGCCAUUGACCUGAAAAACAGAUUGGAGAAUGCGAUGAAGAAAAACAAAGAAAUGAAAAUUGAUUGCAUGACUAGAGAAGGGAAACCGGUAGGAGCCAGUGAGGAUGAGGAUGAAGAUGAUUUUGAAGAGGUCCCAGAGAAGGAAGGUUACGAACCUCACAUUCCAGACCACCUUCGCGCAGAGUACGGUCUAGAGGCUCCAUCUACAUCAUCAUCUUCACCCUUGAAAAAAGUAGAAGUGAAGAAGCCUCCCCAGCUGUUGGUAGCACCAAGAAGGAAGAGGAAUGACAAUGAGCUGGAUCCUACUUGUGCUGCCGCAACGCUGAAAGUUAUGAGGGAUAAACUAUCUUCAUAUGCCUCAUCCAGUGCUGAGGAGCCCAACAGUAAAAACACGAAGAGGGAGGAAGACCUCUCAAAGGCACCUGUUGUUCCAUUCGGCAUUGAUCUUCACUACUGGGGGAAGGAUCAGCCCACAGCUGGCAAAAUACUUAAGGUCACCUCCCAGCACAGAUUCUGGGCAGCCAGUGAGAUGGACGAGGAAACAGAAAAUAAAGAGUUGGAAGCCAUGCUGAAAACCAGAUACAUUUCAUUCCCUGGAAAGUUUGAACCCGUGAAACACAAGUGUCGAGUGCCAUUACCUAAUGGGUCACUGUGUGAGAGGCAAGACAGAAUUAAGUGUCCUUUCCAUGGUAAGAUAAUUCCACGAGAUGAAAUUGGAGUGCCAAUCAAUCCUGAGGAUCGUGAGCGAGAAGUCAAGGAAAAAUUUGAGCAGCAAGCCAAGGAACAAGAUUGGAGAGACCCCGAACUGAUGAGGGAGAUCGAGCAAGCCACAGGGGAAGAUCUGUCGUCCAUGUAUGUGGAAACACCUGGAAAGAAGACGAAGAGGAAGGGAAAGAAGAAAAAGUAUCCGAAUCUGACAGAUCUGAAGCAGAAAGCAAAUACCACUCGCUCCCGUCUAGAAAAGAAAGUUUUUAGCCCGGGAUCAGUGAAACGGGCGAUAAGCGCAAUGAACCAAAUGGAUAAGAGGCGUCACGAGAAGUUUGCAAACCAGUUUAAUUACGCAUUAAAUUAAAAAUCAGAAGAAAGAUAAACCGCCUGGUCGGCUUUUACAUGGAAGACUUGUUUUAAGGACCUUUAACGAAAAAUUGUUGUGUUAUAAGUGUAUUUUUUUCCUUAAUGGCUAUGUCUUAACUUAUUUGUGUCAUUUGUUAUACCUUGUCUUUUUUUUUUUUUUCCUACUCUCGGAAUGGUUUUACGGAUAUCUGGUUUAUUUUUUAAAGAGGGGGGAAAAGUGCAAUUAUCUACAAACAAAGCAAAGGAUGCCAAGAAUGAAUUAACCGGAGAUGCUUCCCUGGAAUAAUUAUAGUGAUUAUACAUUAUAGGAAGAUUUCUAUUGAGAUUUUUAAUGGUCAACCUCUAUAAGCAAAUGCUUUAUUGUUUUUCUGCCAGAAACAUGGAGACUGGCCCUGUAUUUUGAAAAUACUAGUUUCCUGGCUGUCUUGCUAGCGAUUUUGCUUUUAGUAGUACUUUAUUUAUCUGAGGCAAGUAUGCAGAUAAGGAUACCUGAUGUAUUCCGUGUCUGUUACUCAAAGUCAGGCUCGUUGCUACAGGACAGGCAAAACAAACAAUUGCUUGGGACCCCUGAGCUGGCCUGGGGCCCCCAACUUCCCCUUCCC